AUGGACGACCAAGGCGAUGAGGUACUAUUUGAUGAAGACAGCAACGAUAGCGGUAUUUCACUAGACUGCUCCGUUGUAGACCAUAAAGUCGAGGAGAGCAGUGAGUUGCAAAGUCACGAAUUUUUAAGGUCUUCAAAAACUCUAUGUAUUACCCAGAAUUUUAUAUUAUGUGAAAAUCAUCGGUUGUGCUAUUCGUGUUAUUACGAAACAGUGGCACCAUUCCAAGAAAAUUUACAACAUGAGCAUCAGACCGAGCAUUUUAGUGUAUCCGCUUUAAAUCUACCAGGAAGCUGCUUUAAUUGUUGGGUGUGCAAUGAAAAUUUGUAUACAGUAUGCAUCAUCGAAUUUUGCAUAAUAUGUAAUAAUUAUGGACUUAUAUAA